AUGUCUGCCCUUACCCCCAAGGAAAAUAAAUAAUCCUCGUUAACCACGUUUUGACAAAAUGUAUGUGGAUUUUCCAAACCUACUAUAAGCCUAAAAUACACAACUGUUCUUACUUUCCACCCUUGAACAAUUGAGAAAUGACCCACAAAAACGUGAUAACAUCUAAAACAUCUCAAUGAAAACCGAGCCAGUUGUGGACGAAAGCUUCAGAAACAAGUUGCGGCUCGUGGUGGGAUUUUAUUCUUUUUCAAACUUCCAGGCUAUGUUCUCAUUUUUAUUUUCAAGUUUCACGUUUUUUAACAUAUUUAGAUGAAUGUUGUCUGACCAAUGUUUGUUUCUGCAUAUUCCAAUGAGCGCAGAGUUAUUAUUCCUGCGACUUGUUUCUAUUUAAAAACAAGCCUCUUGUAUCGAUGAAGUUGUUCCACGUUGAUUUUCUUUGCGCUCCUUUCCCAAUUCACUUAUUUCCAGCAGCUCCUGAAGGCAGCACGGGUAGAUGGAAAUUAAACACCGCUUCUUCUUCUUUCUUUCUUUUUUUUUUUUUUUUAAAUCUCCACUUUUUGUUUAUGUUUCAGACCUAAAUCGGCUCUCGGUUGUCAUACAAACGAGACUCCAAACGCAUCCAAACAGUUCUGUGACAGAUCCGGGUCGUGUGCAUUAUUCAAAAGGCGCUGCGCAUCACAGCUAAUUAGGAUUUCAGUAUAAAUAAGGCCGCAGACGGGACGGCUCGUCCUGUCCUGCCGCUGAUGUCGGAGAGCUAAAGACUCCAGCUCCAGCGGAGAGGCAGCCUCGUCACCGGGUUGUUUUGGUUUCCGAUGGGGGGAAGGCGAGGUGUUUUUGGGGUCACACAUUCAUUGUGUCUUGGCUGCAUUGUCUCAUCGGCUGUUCUAGUCCGUCCUGCGUGUGAACUGAACUGGCAUGCGCUUUGUGUUCUGUAGCGAUGGAUCUCCUGCAGGCAUGCUGAAUUCAUCUCAGAACAUCAUGAGAACAUAGUUUGAUUUUCUCCUGUGGUGUCUGUGUGGAGCGUGCCACACACCCACUCCACAACAACGACGGCUUUUGCUUGCAUCUUCCAGUGUUUCUUCUGUCAGCAAGUCCAGCAGAGCUGCAACUCUUCCAGUGCCAGCCCUGACACCACUGAGGAGCCCUGCCCCACUGACAUGGUGAAGAUGACCAAGUCAAAGACCUUCCAGGCUUACCUGCCAUCUUGCCACCGCACCUACAGCUGCAUCCACUGCCGGGCACACCUGGCCAACCACGACGAGCUCAUCUCAAAGUCAUUUCAAGGCAGUCAAGGAAGAGCCUAUCUGUUUAAUUCAGUGGUGAAUGUCGGCUGCGGGCCAGCGGAGGAGCGGGUACUCCUCACAGGUUUACAUGCUGUGGCUGAUAUCUACUGUGAAAACUGUAAAACCACCCUGGGUUGGAAAUAUGAGCACGCGUUUGAGAGCAGUCAAAAGUACAAAGAGGGAAAGUUCAUCAUCGAGCUGGCUCACAUGAUCAAGGACAACGGAUGGGAGUGACGCUCCGGCCGCGCUCUUGUCUUUUUCUGACCUUGGAAUGCUCUCUUUAUCGAACUGCGUGGAGCAUCGACCACCCUGCCCCCCUCGAACCUCCCCUCACCCCCUUCUCCAACUCCUCCCUUACAGAAACCCUCCACAAAACCUCCACGCCGCCCUUCACGUGCACACACCCACCGGCUCAUCGUGAAACCGAAUAGAACAAAUGACAUCAACAGCGACGACGAGGAAUUGGAGCAACUGUUGAGAAAUCACAUCCCAGGAGUCCUGUCGUUACUUCAGAGAUUGCGUGUUCUCCUUCGCGGCUCGGGAGCUUUUGGGUUUGACCCCGCCCCGCUCACUCUCACAACCCCUCCACCCCCUCCUCCACCGAACCACGCUUACAAGUGAUUGUGGUGAUAUGGCGACCACUAAGCGUAGGGAGAAAGACUUCACUGAAAGGACAUGUCUUUGUUUUCUUUAUUUUCGCCCAUACAGCGAGACGAAUGACUUUGAUGACUUUCGUUAUUUUAAUGUUAUUUGCUAUGUUAUUUUGGUAGUUUUAACUUCUGGGUUUGGUAAGGUUUUGGUUUUGAUGGCAGAUGGAUGUUACUGGUUAGCAUUUUUAUUUCCCUGUCGAGUCUGUCAUAUUUUGGUUUGUUUGUUUUUUGGCUUGUUGUAUCUCUGCCCAUAGCUGAGCAUGUUUUUCUUUUGCUAAUGUCCAAAUGAGCAAUCAGGGACGGGUGAGCAGCGGAGGGGAAAGGGAGUUUAUCAUAGUUACAAAUAUGUAGCAGCAUCUUGCUUUUUUUUUUUGUUUGUUUUUUAAGUGGCUAUGGAUGGGAUUGCAGUUGUGUGGGGUUUUUAUUCCUGGUAUUUUUUUUUUUUCUUUCCCAUUUUUAAUUUUUAACUUUUUACUUUCUUGUGAAUGUCUUUAUCCUCUUCCCGCCCACUUUCUGGUACUUUUGAGCACCCAAAAAUCAUUGAAAGCAGCACCUAGUAUUUGUUUGACAUAAAUAUAUAUAUAUAU